AUGAAGACGUUUGUUGAUUGUUUGCUGCCAGAGGUGAGUUGAAAAGAUAAACCGAGUAUUUGAAAUGGUUUAAAAUUAAGCCAAAGAUGGGUUUGGAUGAAAUCAAAUGAUGGUAAGGUUAAAUUGAAUACUGUAAGAAUAUCGAAAAGUUAUAUAUAAGGGUGGGGCGUUAUAUCCGUGAUGGAAAGACUCUGAAAAAAAAGCGAUUUUUUGUCUGAUAUUUUCGUCUCUCAUUUUUCUCUUUAUCUUUUUUUUCUUCUUGUUGCCGACGGCAGUUAGAGAAAAAAAAGAUCGUUGAGAAAAAUAUCAUUUACGAAUAUAACGCCCCUUCCUUAUAUGAUAGUCUUAAAAUGUUAUACAUGAAAAUCACGGUAUAUCACCAGGAAAGUAGAGCACGAAAAAUUUUGCAAUUUUAGCAAUGGCGUAAAGUCAUAGAACAUUUGACGAUCAUGCAAGAUACUUGUUCGUUGGCUAUGGUGAACAAACGUUUCUACAAACUUGUCGAAAUGGAUUUUAAACAGUUGUGCUACGACCAUGUAGUAUAUCGCCUUAAAGGAGAAACUUGGGCAUGGGCUUUUUCAAAGUGAGUUUACUAUUUAUGACUUAUUUUAAGCUCUAUGCAUAGCCUUAGCUCUAGCCUCAGCUUUACUAUUAUUCUUUUUUUACUUACACCUACCGUAAUUUUAUUGUAGUUUCUUCAAUCGGGCUUAUAAUGUAAUGUGUGGCCCCAAGGGGCUUUAUAUGUUUAACGGUGUUUGUUGUCCGUUUACCGGCAAAAUGGCGAUGCGAGUUCGGGACCACUCUAGCCGUAUCCUACUGACUAAUAUUGAUUUUGGUCGGAACGAGUUUACCAUUCUGGACUUUACCGCAUAUACAAAGUUUAUUGGGACUCUGUGCAUUAUCAAUCAAGGAAGCGAGCUUCUGCUUCGUCUUUCAUCUUCAGUAUUGAUAUACGAUCUGAAUGCCAUGAAGGUGACUUAUCAUAUAACGUUCACAAAACCUGCCAGAACCGAAUACCAAGCAGAAUACCUAUCAGUUCAAGCAGGCAGUAUUGUUGAUUAUUACACCAAAAAACGGUUCACAAUUGACGCAAGAAGCCCAGAAUUUUUUAUGCACUACGUCAACAGAUUCGACAAGUGUAAAUACGUUGUAGUACGUACAACGAAUGAUGAAGUGAUCGUAAUUGAUAGUGAAACUGACGAAAGACAUAACGUUUGUAAAUGGAGACAUGACACACACGUGUAUAUUAUCAAUGUAAACAAUUGCGUUGUCCUUUUGGGCCUUAGGGGUAAGCGUCAAACUUGAACAAGGACAUGCCACCACCUCGCGGAGGUUUUUUGACCUUAUAUAAUAAGAAAGACGUUGAAAAAAGAGAAGGAGAUGUUCUUCCAGUGUUUUUUAACGUUAUCCUACCGUAUCCUACUCCCACCCGACCCCUAUCUUACUUUAUUCUACUUUACCCUACUCCUAUAGUAAUAUUCCAGCUCAUUGCUGCCCCUACCUUACAUUGGUUUUCCUAACCCUACUGUACUAUAAUUAUAAAAUCAGUAACAUCUAAAUUAAGGUUGUGACAUUGGAUGUCGGAUAUACUGUUUGAAAAGGAAAACAUUUGUGCUUGAUCUAACCAAUGACAAAUGGUGUUUAUUCAAUUCUAAUACUCUCUACAAUUGCAACACUUCAUCGGUAAGAAUUUAAUUUUAAUGAAAGUAUGCUCUGCCUUACUAAACAAAUUAGUUAGUAUAAAAGAAUCUUUAAUUUUUAGUUUUUGGUCUACGAUAAACACAUUAGAAAUUGGCGAGAAGUAAGGCCAGAUACAUGGCUUGGCUUAGAACGGCGGUGUGAUUGUAGCAUUACUGAUAACUUUGUGCCAUUUACCUCGUACAAAGUCAUGAAGUCUUUUCGAAACAACGCCGUCACGUUGGUUUUUUUAAACUUUAAAAAAGGCAAGUGUUAUGAUGGCUAUCUUAUCCUAUCAAAAUAAACCCUUCCGCAUCUUACAGUUGCGGGAGACCUUGGUUUAGAGAGGAGAGUCAACAAAAGUUUAAACGUUAUGCUGGGUGUAUGGUCGAUCCAGCCUCAGUACUCAUCUGACUUUGCGCUCUUUAUCUUUAACUAUACAUUACUUCUUUGCCUUACUCUAGCACCACCCACUUCCUGGUUUCUGUAUGUAAAUUAAAGUUUAGACAGUGUCCGAGUGAAAAGCUUUCAUCCUGAACUCGCGUACAAGUCCACAAACGGUUGCUGUAUGCCAAAAGAAUUGGAUUAUGACCAUCCUAUCGCGCACUUAAUGCAGCUACAAUAUCCUACGCCAAACGAAAAAUCAAAGGAGUUUAGUGAUUGGUUCACAAAACUACACAUUAACAGGACCAGUGUUCCAUUGAUCGAUGCCAAAACUGGAGCCAUUAAGGAAGAGUUGUACACAUAA